AUGACACAAAAGAAUGGAAUUGAAGUCCUACGAAGCUCGCCCCGGGAAGCCGCGCCGCGCCUACGACACCCGCCGUCAACCACGUCAACUAGCCCAUCACGCGGAAGCCCAUCAAACCUGCUGGUAUCAGAUGAAUUUGACGCAAAGAAGUCUAGCAACCAAGCUCAAAAAGGUGACCUUUGCAGUCGAGCGAAGCAAGCAUUUGGACUUUCAAGUCAGCUGCCACCGGGACUUACUUAUAAGUACAAGGUGCCUCCAAGGAUCCGAACUUUGGAUGAGUACCCGGUUGGCUAUCCGCAACUUGCUGCCUUUGAGGACUGCGAUCCUGCCUUUUUGAUAUGCCGCAAAUUUGGAUGGCUUCACACCCGUCUAUUGCUGCAUCUUCAGGAUGAUCUUGAGAAAUUAGAAUGGGAUCUCGAGCAAGUUGACUAA